AUACACAUCUCAUAUUCAUUUGUUGUAAGUAACAUUUCCUCUAUACUAGUGGUCAGUUGUAACAUAAAACUAUGAUCAAGUAUAUAGUGUGUUGGUGUUUGAUGGUGUUUUAUGUACUGGGCGAUUGUCCGCGGGUACCAAGCAUAUAUCAUUCCAGAUAUGAUAAACUUCCAGGAGAUAACGGAUAUCAUAUUAAAAUCAAUGAAAACCCUGAGAAGUAUGUUCCAGGGAAAUUAUAUACCUUAUAUCUUAUGGGUCAAAAAUCAAUAAACCAACUGCAGCAAUUCCAAAGGUUUAUAAUUAAUGUUGAAUCUGCUGAUCGUCCAGAUGACUUGUCACCCCAAAAAGUGGGCAGCUUUCAAUUGUAUGGAGAUAAUCAGACUACAUUUAAUGAAGAGUGUGUAAACACGAUCUCAGAGAAAAGUUCAGCUCCUAAAACUGAGGUCUUUUUUAUGUGGGCAGCACCUCCUCCAGGCUCUGGAUGCGUCACUUUCAGAGCAAUGGUGUUAGAAGAUGCCCAGCAUUGGUAUGCAGACGAUGGAGGUCUUAGUAAAACGUUCUGCGAACAAACUGACAAAGACAUCAAAUUUGAUGAAAACGACUGUUGUGCAUGUGAUGAAGCUAAAUACAGCCUUAUAUUUGAAGGAAUUUGGUCAAAAAAAACCCACCCUAAAGACUAUCCAUUCUCACUUUGGCUCACUCACUUUUCUGAUGUUAUUGGAGCAUCUCACGAACGAAACUUCUCUUUUUGGGGUGAAGGGCAGAUAGCUUCAGAAGGUUUUAGAAGCUUAGCAGAAUGGGGUUCUCCAAGGAUGCUAGAAACAGAGCUACGAGCAAAAGCAAAAUAUUUAAGGACCAUUAUUAAGGCAGCCGGACUUUGGCAUCCCAAUGUUAAUACAAAUACAUCUACGAAUUUCAAAGUUGAUAGAAGACAUCAUUUAAUAUCAGUUGCAUCUAUGUUUGGGCCAUCUCCUGAUUGGGUUGUUGGUUUGAAUGGACUAAACUUAUGCCUUAAGAACUGCUCUUGGAUUCAAGAUAUGACAAUAGAUUUAUAUCCUUAUGAUGCUGGAACUGACAGUGGCAUUACUUAUAUGUCACCAAAUGCUGAAACUAACCCAAGGGAAAAGAUGUACCGGAUUACUACAACUUAUCCAGAAGAUCCUAGGGCACCAUUUUAUGAUCCCUCUAAAAGCGAAAUGAAUCCUCUGGCAAGAUUGUAUCUAAAGAGGGAAAAGCUAAUCCCGAAAAAUUGUGACGAGAAUUUUUUGAAUGCUCAACUGGAUGUUAGUGAAAACACUGAAGAUACCGAUAGGGCUGAGUGUGCUGUAACUGAAUAUUCUGCAUGGAGUGACUGUUCAGUAAGUUGUGGAAAGGGGUUAAGAAUGAGAACAAGACAGUACGUGAUGCCACAAAAAGCACAAAUGUUCCAAUGUAAUCGACAAUUAAUUUCUAAAGAAAUGUGUGUAGCAGCCAUUCCCGAAUGCGAAGGGGGAUCUAAAGAUGAUUCAAGUGAAGAUGAAUUGCCAAUUGAUAGCUUACCGCCUGCCUCAGCAGGAGGUGUAUGCAGCACGAGUCCCUGGGGUGCUUGGUCAACUUGCUCUGAAACCUGUGGAAUUGGUUUUAAAAUGAGAACAAGGUUCUUUGUUGAUGAUAUGGGAAGGAAAAAGUGUCCACACAUUUCCACAGUUGAGAAGGAAAAAUGUAUGGGUCCUCCUUGCACGUCGCAAGUUCAAGAAGUUCAGGAUCCAAUGUGUCCCACAACUGACUGGAGUGAUUGGAGUCCGUGUAGCGCCUCUUGCGGCAAAGGUGUUAAGUUCCGACAGAGACUACUGCUGGUUGCUCCAGAGCUCCAACAAAAAUGCCAGAGUAGAGUGGAACUUUUGCAACAGCAACCCUGUAUGGAUACUCCUGAAUGUACUUUGGAUAUGGCGACAGCUAAAGUGGUAUGUAUGCAGUCUAGUGAUCAAGGUCCUUGCCAGGGUUAUUAUAACCGAUGGUACUUUGAUAGCACCAAAGCCAUGUGUAUUCAAUUCAUAUAUGGUGGCUGUAGAGGAAAUCAAAAUAAUUUUUUGACAUUUGAAGAAUGUAUGAAUACAUGUAGCAUUGUAAGAGAUGCUUUAACCGGAAAUCAACCUCCAAGUUCAGCAAACUUUAAUCAGCCUCGUACAAACCAACAAAAUGUCAAUGUCAGUCCCGGAAGUCAACCAGUCGACUGCAUGAUUACUCCAUGGAGUUCAUGGAGCAGGUGCAGCGCAACCUGUGGAAUCGGCGUGGAAGAGAGAUUCAGAAUGAUAAAACGACCAGCGGCUCAGGGUGGGAAACCUUGCCCCACCAAUUUAAAAAAGAAACGAAGAUGCUAUGGACCCGUUCCUUGUUAUUAGAGAUAUAUAUAUUUAUAAUGAUUUUAUUUAUGCUUAAUAAUUGAUGAUAUGUAAUAUAUUUUUAUAACAGAUUAGUUCAUAAAUAGAAAUAUAUGAAUUUCAAAUAAUGGAUUAUAUAUUUCCUAUAUUUUGUUUGAUAAUAGUAACAUUGUAUAUGAUUUUAUAGACAAUUAUUUUAUAAAUAUAUUAAAGAGUGUUCCCAA